AUGCGGAUUCUUGUCGGAGUAAAGAGAGUAGUCGACUACGCCGUGAAGGUUUGCAACUUAUAAUCACUCCUAAUCCGAUUUCUUCUAUCAGGUUCGAGUGAAGCCGGACAAAUCGGGGGUUGUAACAGAAGGCGUUCAACACAGCAUGAAUCCGUUCGACGAAAUCGCUCUUGAAGAAGCCGUCAAAUUGAAGGAGAAAAAACUCGCCACAGAGGUUCUUCCCCACCAUUUUUUUUUCUGCUAAAUUUAGAUCGGCACGAACUGAAUUAAGACAACACUUGUCUGCGUUUUCUUGUCCCUCACUGGUGAAGUCAUAGAAAACAGUAAGCAAACAGGAGAGCUUCACAGAGAAAGAGGGCUAUAACUUUUGAAAGGCGAACUGAAUAAUCUUAUUUUAUUAAAUAUAAAAAAUGGGAAUUUUUCAUGCUGCAGGUGGUCGCUUUCUCCCUGGGUGGACCUAAAAGUGCGGAAAUUCUGCGAACUGCUCUUGCCAAAGGCGCUGAUAAGGCAGUUCAUGUUCAGGUUUUUUUUCCAGUGGUAAUUUCUCGGUCAAAACUUCAAUCUUUUUAGGUUUCCGAAGCGGAAGCGGCGAAAGUAGAGCCUUUGCAUGUGGCGCAAGCUCUGCAGAAGCUGCUGGAGAAGGACAAGUUCGACCUCGUUUUUGUGGGAAAACAGGCGAUCGACGACGACGCCAGUCAGACGGCGCCGCUUCUGGCGGGACUCCUCGACUGGCCUCAGGCUCUGUACGCCUCCAAGGUCGAGGAAGGCGGCGCUGGAUUCCUGAAAGUGACGCGAGAAAUCGACGGAGGCCUCGACACCGUUAAAGUCCGUUUGACCCAUAAAAGUAGUCUUGAAGUUGAAUCAGUCUUUUUAAAGAAAGGUGCAAAUCUUAUAUGAAUUUAACUGAGAAGUAGGUAAAGACAAAUCAUAAGGACUUCAACAAAAAAAAAUCCCAAAAAUUCAGGUGAAACUUCCUGCCGUUCUGUCGGCAGAUUUGCGCCUCAAUGAGCCUCGUUACGCCACUCUGCCCAACAUCAUGAAGGCCAAGAAAAAGCCGCUGCAGAACAUUCCAAUCAAGGAUUUGGGAGUGGAAAUCAAAUCGCAAACAUCAAUUCUUGAGGCGAGCUGUUUUUCAUUUUGGCAUCUGUUUUAGUUCAGCCUUUUAAUACUUUUUUUGUGUUGAAAGUGUGUAGUUUUAGUGAAGAUGAUUUCAGGUGAGUGAGCCUCCUCAGAGGGAAGCCGGCGGCUUUGUCGAAGAUGUCCCAGCGCUGGUUAACAAAUUGAAAGAAAAAGGAUUUGUCAAAAACUAG